AUGGCUCCUCAAAGGAGUGGAAGAGGCUUUCAGCAUACCUUGCUUCCAAUAUUGCAGCUGGAUGAUGCUGUCUGGGACUUUCGCGUGCCAAAUCUCCCAUCUCCAUCCGAUCUGAAGCAAAAUAAUCUCAUCAAGGCAAUCAGUAUUUCCACUGACCUAGAAAUAUCCAAACACUCCAUGGUCCUCACCAUUCAAAACAACAACGGGAAUCGCGCCACAUCCAACGACUCAAUAGAUCGCUUCAUUCUCUUCUCCCUCGAACGCUUUCGUCCGCUUGUGCGAGGCGCCGCUAGAGAGCAAACCCCAGCUCCAGAUCUCCAGCCACGUACCCCGCGACAAGUGUCUGACUACAGCAUCAGAUGUCUACGAGCUGGCAUUACGGUAAAUGGCGUUCACUACAACUUCUAUGGCCACAGUAACAGUCAACUCAAAUCGCGAUCAUGUUUCCUUUUGGCCAUGUCAAAAGAGGAGAUUUCAAAGAAAAUCGAGGCUUUAGGAGACUUCAGCAAGAUGAAGACGGUGGGCAAAAAGGCAAAGAGAAUUGGUCUACUCUUCUCUUCAGCGACAGCCGCCUUGACGAUCAACCCUGACCGAUGCGAGGAUAUCCCCGAUGUUGAAACCGCUGAUUAUGUCUUUACUGAUGGAUGUGGUCUCAUCGCGCCCAAACUUGCACACGAACUUGCGCGACGAACGAAAAUACUCUUCCACGACACUCGAUACACGCCGUCCGUCUUUCAAGUCAGAUAUCGUGGCUACAAGGGUGUGGUAACCCUCGAUCCCCGUAUGGCUAAGCAGAAGGCUUUACUCAAGUUCCGAAAGUCGAUGAAGAAAUUUAGUGGUGGGGAUGAUCAUUCCUUUGCCGUGGUUGACUACUCAAAGCCCUUUUCGUAUGGCUUUCUCAACGAUGAGACUAUCAUCCUGCUCCACGCGCUGGGUGUUUCUCAAGAAAUGCUGAUCUCGAAACAACACGAACAUUUCCGUUUACUCAACAGCGCCAAAACCAACUCCCUCGAUGCUUUCCGCUUCCUCAGCUACGUCAACCGCCCAGACCUCGCUGAGCGUGUUCUUCUAGACGGGGCCGAAAAUGUGAAACCCCAAAUCCACGGCUUCAUCAACAGUGAGCUCUCAAAAAUGCUCAACAAGAAGGACGAGCAAAGAUGUCGGAUCUUUGUGCAAAAGUCCCGCCUUCUUUUUGGUGUUUGCGACGCCUGCGACGUGCUCCGCGAAGGAGAAUGUGCAGUCAAGGUUACGCUGGAGGGAAAUGGACAGCCUUAUGCGCUGAAGAAUACUGAGGUUACCGUCAUCAGGAAUCCGUGCCUUCACCCUGGAGACUGGCAGAAGUUCAAGGUCGUUGAGCGUCCUGAGCUGGCGCAUCUUGUGGAUUGUAUCGUUUUCUCAACACGAGGGAAACGCCCAGCUGCGGAUCUGAUGUCUGGUGGUGAUCUUGAUGGCGAUAUAUUUUUUGUUUGCUGGGACAAAGACCUCAUUCCAUCAACAGUAUCAACUCCAGCUCUUUACCCCGGCGGCCGAGACCCCGUCUUAUUCCGCCCUAUUACAGACAACGAUCGCUUGGUGUACUUUGCCAAAUACACGAAUGCCUCCCUUGGUCAAGUCAAGAACCUAUACCUCGAUUGGGCCAGAGCAACAGGGCCCAUGAGCGCACAGUGUCAAGAGCUCAACCGUCUUUUCUCGCAGUGUGUUGACGGCAACCGCAUCAAGAUCCCUGACAAAUUGCGUUCUCUUCCGAAGCCUGCUGAAGGUGCUCCGCCUUUCAUCUUGGAUGUUCUUCAUGAUGACUCGAAGGAACAGAUACGACGAAUGACUCUCUCGGCAUCAGGGGAUCUGGCUGGGCACGAUAUCGAUGCGAUACAGCUACUUCUGAGUCGUGAAAACGUCGCCAUCACUGAAUUUGAGUGUCUCCAGUGGGCUCAUACUUGGUGUCGGCGGAAUAAGAUCUCCUUCGAGAGCCUCCUUCACCUCUUCGACUUCAACGUUCUCACAUCGGAACAGAAAGCGUGGGUACUCACCAAUGUAUCAUCAUCGCCCAAUGCGCCCGCAUUAGUAUUGAACGCAUUGUGCUCGUCCGGUAUCCUGGAAGUUGGCGAGCUGCAACAAUUCCACCUGGACCACCCUGGCAUCAAAUGGAAGAGAACGUAUGAUUCGUCAAUCGACCGCCUCGCCACCUUUCACGAUGCCGUUGCCACCAACCUGGAGAUGUUCCAGCGGACCCUGAUUGUUUUCCAGCCUCACGAGCGAUUAUCCCUGGCCAUAUACAUUCCCAAGAAGAUAGAGCGCUCUCAAGACUGCUUGAUCGACGAUGUAGGCCGACUUUUCGCAUUCCCUCAUUCUCAAGGGCCAGAGAGACAGCACCGCCUGUCACUACCAACAAAAAUGCAAUAUCAGCUUUAUUGCGAUGGGAAUGUCUUCCAGCUAUUUGAGAAGCAGAGGGCAAACUCAUGGAUCUUUAUCACUCGACCUGGCAACAACGACGAGGAGUACCGAAACAUACAGAAUCAAGGUGAUAGAAGAAGAAAGCGACAAGACGUUGUCAACCAGGGGAAGCAAGCCGAGGUUUGUGCAAGUAUAGCCCUGGAUAAAUUCAGCAGGGGGCUACAAACGCACAUCGGGCGAGUAAACCGCUCUCCGGUUACAGCUGCAGAGGUCUACGUCAUCAGCAACCGAGAUGUCGCAUCCAUGCAAAACCUCGAUCUCUGGCUUGAACAAGUCGACACCAUUGAGGUUCUGCCUCUCUUCUCAGAGGAAGCGAAAGAGUAUACUGUCCCGGACAGGAAAGAUUCCCUGCCAUCUACGAGCCCAUCGUGGCUGGUUGAGAUUGUUGUGCAUGAGGACCUUGAAUCACUGCCGCGGCUUGAGUCGAUAGAGCAGUAUCAGCUGUUGUUCAAAACAAUGCUGGCAAGCAAUGACAAGGGGUUUCUGCUGGAGUGCUUCAAACACAUUCUGGAUAACUUCGAUACCAUUGUAGUUGAGGCAGGGCCGCUCGUUCAAACGUUGAUCGAAACGCUAGACGCCGAGCCAACAUUGGUCAUUGCCUUUGUCCCGAUGCUUUCAAUCCCCAAAUCACCAGAGCAACGCGAUCUCAGAGACAUUUUAGAAGCUUCACUCCUUCCAAUCAUGCGAGCUUUUAUUCUCUCGGCAAACACCAUCGGCCAUCUCAUCUUAAGCCCUCUAACAGAGGUCCUUUCCAGCAUCUCACUAGGGAGUCUCUCUCUGAGUAACCUCGCGAAUAUAGUUGAGCUUGCAGCACUGACAAUACGAUCGACUGACCUAGCGCUCGAUCUGUUUCUAGGAUGCUUACAACCCAAUGCGCCGAAGUGUGUAACUGCAGAACCACAAGCUGUUCAGCACUUACUACGCAACCUGAUCGCAAUUGCACUGGAUCACAUUGAAGAGGCCGAGAAUGUGGCUAAGCGGCUACCAGGUGUCUUUAAAUUGUCACCAUAUGCGAAAGACAAAACAGGCAAGGUCGUCGAAGCUAGCUUCAGAAUUGAUCUUACGGGGACACCCAAGAAAUCAUCGCACGUCCGCUUGACGACUGCAUCACUUGCAUCGAAUGUGCUGGUAGGGAUUAACUACUCAAUCGAUGCUCUAGUGACUUUCUCGGAGACCGGACGUGCGCGGUUUGAGUGUCUUCAUCCUCCACUGCCCUAUUUCACCGACUGUUCGUGGAUCUUGGAGGACUGUGGUCCAUUCGUCAACGCGAAAUCCAUGAUCGAUUCCGUCACACUACUCAACAUCUGCCAGCAAGAGUGCUGUGGGGUAGCUAAUAUUAUCCUCGGACUUCCAUCUUUAUCACCUGUGCUACCGGAGCGUGUCCAUAUUAGGAACCCUAGGCUAAAUCAAAGCCAGAAUGAGGCUGUCAGAUUAGCCUUGAACAGUUCGUUCCUCUGUCUCUGGGGCCCUCCUGGAACAGGAAAAACUGAGACUAUCGCGGAGAUGAUAUGCGCGCUACAGACAGCCGAGGAGAGGGCCCGCCUUUUAAUCACAGCGCCGACACAUAAUGCAGUGGACAAUUUGAUGCGUCGAUAUAUCGAACGACUUCGCACAAACCCUGUAUCCAGGGAGGCCCAACCAAACGUAGUUAGAGUGUCAACUGAGGUGCGCAAGGUUGCAGACGAUCUACGAAAGUACACAUGCGACGCAAUGGCCGGAGAAGAGAUCCAUUCCAACUUCAAAGCCAUGGACAAAGCAGCCAAAAUGAUCAAACGCAGCGACACCAUUUUCACUACCUGCAGCGGAGCAGGAAUCGGGUUGCUUCGCUCAGAACAGUUCGACAUCGUCAUUGUAGACGAGGCAUCUCAACAAACAGAACCGAGCUCCUUGAUCCCUCUCGUCAAGGGCUGUUCGCAGGCCAUCUUGGUUGGUGACCACGUCCAACUUCGUCCUACAAUUAACCAGACGGCGCUUGCUUUGGACUUUGACGUGUCUCUCUUUGAGAGGCUUUACACCAAAGUGGAUGGCUCGGUUGGUGACGGUGGCUUGAAGACAAUGAUGCUCGAUACUCAAUAUCGCAUGCAUCCCAAACUAUGCGAGUUCAGCUCGGAACAGUUUUAUGAGGGCAAACUUAAGUCAGGGAUCGGCAUCAAAGACAGACCACUCGCUGCCUCCGACUUCCCCUUCCCUCAAGUAGCAUCACUCCACGGACAAGUCGAUACUGCGUUAACGAAUCAUGAGCGAGCAAUCUUUAUCAACUGCGACUCGAAAGAAUCACCAGGGAAGUCCAAGGAGAACCCAGGCCAGGCAGAGCUCUGCUUCCAGAUAUGCAAGCUCUUGACUACUCAACCCAAUGGCCAAAUGAUGUCAAAUUCUAUCGUGGUGCUCACCCCUUAUACACGCCAAGCCGAGGUCUUGAAGCGCAUGCUUUCCAGCAUACGGUGUGACAUCGAAGUGUCCAGUAUCGACGGCUUCCAAGGCCGCGAAGCAGACAUCAUCGUCUUUGUUACAGUGCGGUGCAAUGAGCACCGCGAGAUUGGCUUCUUGAAGGACAUGCGACGCAUGAAUGUUGCGUUGACCCGUGCCAGAUCAGCCUUGAUCGUGGUGGGAAAUCGAACGACUUUGACUGAGGGGACCGCGGAUGAGGAAGCUUCGUCGAUGUGGCGGAGGAUGCUGGGUAAGUUGGUGGAAGUGAAGCUUGACGUUCCUGGCUCAAAGCCGGUAACGAGGACGGUAUGA